CUUUCCUCUCUUCAUCACUUUUUUAUUUUUAUUUUUAUUUUUUUUGUCAUCAAUCAAUUAAACAUGGUAUUUUCUACUAAAAAACCAAACGGAGAACCAAGGAUACCCAGUUACUUUGUUCCAAAUGCUCUUGUCACUGUUCUCUUUUUCUUAUGGGGGUUUAGUUAUGGAUUAUUGGAUACAUUAAACAAACAUUUUCAAACUGUUCUUAAUAUAACAACCACCCAAACUACAUUUAUGCAAGUUGCCUAUUUUGGUGCAUAUUUUGUCUUCAGUGUACCUGCUGGGUUGAUAUCAAAACGAUUUGGAUAUAAAAAAACUAUUGUAUUUGGACUUCUACUUUAUGUGAUAGGAGCAUUAUGUUUCUAUCCUGCUGCUGAAUCAUUGAAAUAUGGUGCUUUUGUUGGAUGUCUUUUUGUGAUUGCUUGUGGAUUGGCUACUCUUGAAAAUUGUGCCAAUGCUUAUUUGACAAUCAAUGGUCCUCCUGAACAAGCAUCAUUCCGUAUUAAUCUCGCACAAAGUUUCAAUGGCUUGUCAUCUACCAUCGCUCCAGUGGUUGCAUCAUAUGCCUUUUUUGGUGGUAACAGUAGUGAUACUCAAAAUUUGGAUUCUGUGAAAUGGACUUAUGUUGGUGUUGGAUGUUGUGUGUUUGUGAUUGCCAUCUUGUUUUGUUUCGCCAAUAUUCCUGAAGUGGAUGAAGAUGCUUACUUGGCAAAUGAAGCGAUAGAACAAGCUAAAGUGGCUCGUCGUGCAUCUUUCUGGUCUCCUCAUCUAUGGUUAGGUUUUGUAACUGAAUUCUUGUAUACUGGUGCUCAAGUGGGUGUGGCCUCCAUGUUCUUGUAUUACUCAAGUGGGGUGGGUCAUAUGCCUGAUAAUUUUGGUAGUAUUUUAUUAUCUGUCUCUCAAGGCUGUUUUACUGUGGGUCGUUUUGUGGGUGCUGCUUUAUUACGAUUUAUCAAGGCAGAACAUUUGAUGGCUAUCUAUUCAGCAUGUGCUUCUUUGGUCACCAUCUUUGUCAUUGCUAUGCAUCAACCUAACGCUACCUAUUGUCUAUUGAUCAUUAUGUUCUUUGAAAGUAUCAUGUUCCCUACCAUCUUUUCUUUAGCUACAAAAGGAUUGGGUCACAACCAUAAACGUGGAUCUUCAUUGGUCAUUAUGGGUGUGGGUGGUGGCGUCUUGAUUCCACCAGUGCAAGCUGUCAUCAAGGACCAUAGUAACAUCAAUUAUGCUUUUAUCGUCACUCUAUUUUGUUUUGUCGUCGUAUUCUUUUAUUCUACUUUGGGUCAUAAAUGGGUACGCUAUGUUGACGAAGAUCUUCAACCUCAAGUGGAUACACUAGAAAUCACUGAUAAAAACACUACUGGAAGUGUGGAUGAACAACAAGCAAAAGUAUAGUAUGUACUCCCCUACACAAUUGUUAAUUAUUAUUAGUAUUAUUAUUACACUUAUUAUUUAUCUUUUUCCUCCCUUUAUUUUAUAUAUAUAUAUAUAUAAUCUAUUUUAUUCCAUUCAUCCUUCUCUUUAUUAUUAGUAUCAAGUCAUCCUCUGUAAU